UGCAGUGUGUGCAACAUGCUUUGGUUCGAGAAUGACGUGCGGCUGGUGACUGUAGCUAUGGGGGACGUUCUGCAAUCCACGUUCCCUGGGGAACAUGUGCGAACGUGUACCACUUCUCUCUCGGGGCUAUGGAUACCGAUACCCGGAGAUGCCAUCGCACUUGCCAAUGCUGAACCGACAAUGUCAAAAGUGUCCACAGUCACGACUCUGUCCUGCCUGCUGCAGUUCACGCUCCCAAUCCCGUGUCAUCUGAGCAGUCAAGAACAAGAUGUGAAAAAAGCCGUCGUCCCCGCCAACUACAAGAGAUUCGUGGCACCGUUCACGAAAGGUAGCCCCACGGAUGUUUACUUGGACUUGAGCUCUGUGGAUUUCGACGUCACCGCUGGAGGAGACACGGAGUUCAGUCUGACGGCCGUAGUGCGGCUUCAGUGGCAGGAUCAUCGACUGAACCUGACGCAUUUUGCGAAGCACCCGUACCUUCCGUUUCCACAGUUUUUGGAAGACGCGAUAUGGAGACCCUCGUUGGCGUUCCUUGACACGAUGGCCAUAGGUUAUGUGAGCACCCCUGCCCCUGCUACGCUCACGAAAGUGACAUCUGAUGGUUAUGUUGUACAUUUUCGAAGGUACAUAUUCGCCGUGUAUUGCGUGGCUGAUAUGCACCGAUAUCCCCUGGACUCGCAGCUGUGUCCCUUUCGCAUCACCACACAACGCGAAACAGCAAACCAGGUCCGUCUUCGUUGGCUCAGCGACUUACAGCGGAAUACGUCUAGCAUUCGCAUGCAUCAACACUCCAUUGAUAUCGGAACGCGUUACCUGUACCAUGAAGAAGUCGUUACGAGUAUAGCAGAGAUCCUUUGUAGAGGCCUGUGGAGGCAACUCUUGUCGAUCUUCAUCGUGAGGUUGGUAUGCUGUGAUGACGACCCCGUCAUCAGGAACCGGACGGAGAAAGAAUUCCACCCACACUGCAAAUUAGGCACUCACCAGGUCCUUCAUGUGGCCUUCUCUUUUCCACGAAGCCCAUUCUCGAGCAUCUUAACCCUGUGGCUGCCUGGAGCACUGAGCGUUGUGUUUGCAUGGGCGGGGGCGUGGUUCAAAGGUGCAGGUGUGCUCUUACCUUCGGCAUCACUUCUUUGCGUCGGUGUACAUUCUAUCCAGCUGAAGACGAUGCUACGGGGAGAAGAGCUACUCACAUCUCUCGACAUCUGGAUCGCUAUCUGCCAGGUGUUCAUCGUGUCAGCCUUCUUCCACUACGCCAUUGCUUGUUCAGCAAAAUCUCAGAUGUGGGAAAAGAAACGCUUAAAGGAGACGGGCACUGGAUCAUGUGAACGGUACUACACCGCACAUGGAUACACGCUGAUGGUGGAGAGUUCUACGCAGACUCCAGUGACAAUGAGCGUCGCGGAGGUGGACCAAGACUACUACGACCGUGGUGCUCGGUGUGCAUUUGGGCCUAUUUUUGGUCUCGUCAUUGCAUGCUAUUGGGCCUACUACCUCUACUUCUCUACAUGGUAGAAGGAUAGGGAAAAAGCUCUUGUAUUCGAGUGUGUAUAUUGCUUUGCUAGACAGCCAGGACUUCUAAUGUUGUCACCAUCUGGUGCGAGACUCUACGAGCUGUGCGCUCUACUAUAUACUAUAGGCUUUCGUUUGUUAGCAAUGCGGCUGCACGAGACGCAGUCUGUAAUACCAUGAAUAUGUAUUCUGUAGAAAUACACAUAGGAUGCGAGCUUUACAGAUUAACGUAUGCAGUAAUUAAUAUACUCAUGUGUAUAUCUUGA